AUGCAGACUAGUAAUAGCUCUGGUCUGAUAGUGGGGUUCACACCUAAAACAUUCAUCUUAGCUGGCAUUCCUGGGAUGGAAGCUGAACACAUCUGGAUCUCCAUCCCUUUUUGUCUGAUGUAUGUCAUCAUAUUCCUGGGAAAUGGGACCAUCCUCCAUGUCAUCCAUAUGAAUCCCACCUUGCAUCAGCCCAUGUACUUGUUCCUAGCCAUGUUGGCCCUUGCUGAACUUGGCAUAUCUGUUUCUACACUUCCCACUGUGUUGGGAAUUUUCCUCUUUGAUGUAACUGAAAUUGAUUUCCAUGUCUGUCUGCUCCAGAUGUUCUCCAUACAUUCUUUCUCCAUCAUGGAAUCAGGGAUCCUGCUGGCUAUGUCCAUGGACCGCUUUGUGGCCAUCUAUAGCCCGCUACGCUAUACAGCCAUACUGACUUUGCCCAGAAUAAUUUCAAUAGGUGCAACAGUUACUCUCAAGAGUGUGGUGCUCAUGGCCCCACUGACUGGCCUACUCCAACGCUUACCCUUCUGUGGACACAAUAUCCUCUCUCAUUCCUACUGCCUACACCCAAACCUUGUUCACUUACCAUGUGCUGACACUUCCAUCAACAACAUCUAUGGACUUUUCAUUGUACUUUCCACAUUUGGGCUGGACUUCCUACUUAUCAUUGUCUCCUAUGUGCUCAUCCUCCGCACAGUAUUGAGUAUUGCCUCGGGGGAGAGCCGGUGGAAGGCCCUCAACACUUGUGGCUCACACGUCUGUGCGGUAUUUGUGUACUAUGUACCCAUGAUUGGUCUGUCCAUGGUUCAUCGUUUUGGGCGACACCUCCCAUCUGUGCUACAACCUACCAUGGCCAAUAUUUACCUUUUCUUCCCACCUGUGGUGAACCCAAUUGUUUAUAGCAUCAAGACCAAGGAGAUCCGCAAAGGCAUUGUCCAUGUGUUCUCUAGAAAGAGGAUCAGGGUUUAG